AUGUCCACUCCAGCCAGCAAGGCCGCGUCGCCGCAGGCUGGCUUGCCGGCGUCUCGCACCGAUUCGCCAAUGGAUGCGAAAGACUCGAACGAGAAUGUCAAGUCUUCAGAAGAUGUCCCAGAGACCAUCGUCACCACCACAUCUCUAGAUGCGCCGUCUACCAUCCCAGCUCCGCAGAAACCAGGUGACGACGCAAAUGGUGAUUACUUCUCGGGCAUCCAUAGCACCAGCCACCUCUCCUUUGAGCCCAACCCGUUUGAACAAUCUUUUGGGAACACCGCCAGUGAUACCCCUGGGAAAUCAAUUCUCCCACCUGUAGCUUCCUUGACCUCCCCUGCCAUGCCUGGCACAUCAACCAGUGGCGGUUUCAACUGGCCAAACUCACUUCGUGCUGGUCCACUAAGCCCGGCGAUGCUCGCAGGACCUGCAGGACCAAACGACUACUUUGAUGGUAUCACUCGCGGAUUCCCUACCCCUAAUGAGUCCUCAUUGCGUACUGGCUUGAAUGCUGGCCUGACUCCCGGCGGUGGUGGCUCCAUGUUUCCUGCUCCUAGCCCUGGACCGUCUGCUUUGCUCCAGCAGCUCCCCAGCGGAAACACCACUCCUACUACACUAGAUUUCCAGCGGACAGCCAUCACUGCAGCGAAGAAAAGUGGCUUCCUUGCGCCCACUUCUAACCCUGGGGAAGCAGACUCGAUUCUCCAGCAGGUUGCUGCGUCAAUGGAGAAACCACAGUCAUAUCCAUUUGCCCAUGCCGAUGCUACUGAUGCUGCUAACGGCCUCUUCAUGUUAGCUAAAGGUGCUCAGGCCACAAGUAACCCAUUCUCCGGCCCAACCUCUCAACCUAUGCAGAUGUCUCUGCAGAAUAAUGAUAACAAUAGUCCACCAAUGAACGGGGUUCCCCCUCAAAUCAAUGAACCGAAUGGCGUAGCUCCGCAGUCCAGUGGAAACAUGUCGGACAGCCCUGAUACGAAGAUCAACACUCGUAGCAAAGGCAAGAAAGCCACUACUGCCAAAGGAACCUCUACAAAUGGCCGAAGGAAGGCCGAAGACACCCCCAAAGGCUCAAACAAAAAGCAAAAAGCUGCGAAUACUACUGCUGCCGACAAGGCGCAAACUGUUACUGAUGAUGAUUCGGUUGAAUUUGAUAAUGCCGAAGGUGCUGAUAAUGGUAACAGUAAUGGUGAAGGUGAGAAUAUCGCAGCUGGCAACAAGAAAACCAUGACAGAUGAAGAAAAGAAGAAAAAUUUUAAGGAGCGUAACAGGGUCGCCGCUCUUAAAUGCCGUCAACGAAAAAAGCAAUGGGUAGCCACCCUUAUGAGAAAGGCAGAAGCAUACUCCAGCGAUAAUGAAGCCUUGUCAAGUCUUCUUGAUAAAGUUCGAGAAGAAAAUGCAAUGCUAAAAUCAAUGCUUUCUGCCCACAAAGACUGCCCUGUUGGCCAAUCCCAAGGCCUCUCCAUCCUCCUGAACGGGCUCCAAAUGAACAGUGUCCAGAAUGGCUUACCAGCCGGCCCGCAGAAUACUAUACCCAAUGGAAUCCAGAGCGGGAUUCAGAACAGUAUCCAGAAUAACUUGCAAAACGGCAUGCCGGGCGGUUUGUCAGUGCAAGGCGAUCUUCUAGCGCCACAAAACUGGCAACUUCGACGAUAA